GAAGAUAGUUUGUUUAAGGAUUUGUUUCAAGACUACGAAAGAUGGGUUCGUCCUGUGGAACACCUGAAUGACAAAAUAAAAAUAAAGUUUGGCCUUGCAAUAUCUCAAUUAGUGGAUGUGGAUGAGAAAAAUCAGUUAAUGACAACGAAUGUCUGGUUGAAACAGGAGUGGACAGACGUGAAAUUAAGAUGGCAUCCUGAGGACUAUGGAGGAAUCAAAGUUAUACGCGUCCCUUCAGACUCUCUCUGGACUCCAGACAUCGUUUUGUUUGAUAACGCGGACGGGCGUUUCGAGGGGGCCAGCACGAAAGCGGUCGUCAGGCAUGAUGGCACGGUGACCUGGACGCCGCCAGCAAACUACAAGAGUUCCUGUACCAUCGACGUUACGUUUUUCCCAUUCGAUCUCCAGAACUGCUCCAUGAAGUUUGGUUCUUGGACUUACGAUGGAUCCCAGGUUGAUAUUAUUUUAGAGGACCAAGACGUAGACAAGAGAGACUUCUUUGACAAUGGAGAAUGGGAAAUUGUCAGUGCCACAGGGAGCAAAGGGAACAGAACGGAUAGCUUCUGUUGGUACCCGCACGUUACCUACUCCUUUGUGAUCAAGCGCCUGCCUCUCUUCUACACCUUGUUCCUUAUCAUUCCCUGUAUCGGCCUCUCGUUUCUAACCGUGCUCGUCUUCUACCUCCCCUCCCACGAAGGGGAGAAGAUCUGUCUCUGCACGUCAGUACUGGUCUCUUUGACUGUCUUCCUGCUGGUUAUUGAGGAGAUCAUCCCCUCGUCUUCCAAAGUCAUCCCUCUGAUUGGAGAGUACCUGGUGUUCACCAUGAUUUUUGUGACGCUGUCCAUCAUGGUCACUGUCUUCGCCAUCAACAUCCACCACCGUUCUUCCUCAACACAUGAUGCCAUGGCGCCUUGGGUCCGCAAGAUAUUUCUCCACAAGCUUCCCAAACUGCUCUGCAUGAGAAGUCAUGUAGACAGGUACUUCGCUCAGAAAGAGGGGACUGAGAGCGCUGGGAGACCAGAGCCUUCUCGAAACCCACUGGAAGCUGCGCUUGAUUCUAUCCGCUACAUCACCAGACACGUCACGAAGGAGAACGAUGUCCGUGAGGUUGUUGAAGACUGGAAAUUCAUAGCCCAGGUGCUGGAUCGGAUGUUUCUGUGGACUUUUCUUCUGGUUUCAAUUGUUGGAUCUCUUGGGCUUUUCAUUCCUGUUAUUUACAAGUGGGCAAAUAUCAUAGUCCCAGUUCACAUUGGAGAUGCAAAUAAGUGAUACCCGCGCCAAGGGGACAUAGUAGGAAUUUAGUUACCAAAGGCACAUGUAGCUCUGGUACCUAUAAACUUAGACAAUGUAAAUUGUGCUUGAAAUUUAACAG